CAUGGCGCACGGUUUAUCUUUCAAGUCAAUCACACUGCGAAGACGCACCCUUUGCGAGUAACGAAAGUAAAAGUUUUUAUUCGCUGAACGAUGUUCUACGUUAUAGGCUUGGGCCUCGGUGACGCUAAGGACGUGACAGUCAAGGGUUUGGAAAUAAUUCGCAAGUGCGAUCGCGUUUACCUCGAGGCCUACACGUCGAUACUGACCGUUGGCCAGGAGACUUUGGAAAAAUUUUAUGGCAGACCGGUCAUUGUUGCUGAUAGAGAACUGGUUGAGAGCGGUGCGGACGAAAUUCUGGCCGAAGCAGAAGCAAAGAAUGUGGCUUUCCUUGUCGUUGGUGAUCCAUUUGGGGCGACGACUCACACGGAUCUGGUUCUCAGGGCGAGAGAUAAGGGGGUGAAAGUUCAGGUAGUUCACAAUGCCUCUAUAUUGAAUGCAGUUGGCUGUUGCGGUCUGCAGCUAUACUCCUAUGGGGAAAUUGUCUCAAUUCCUUAUUGGACGGAGAACUGGGAGCCAGAUAGUUUUUACGACAAAAUAGCGACGAACAGGGAGCGCGGUCUUCACACUCUCUGUCUUUUGGAUAUCAAAGUUAAGGAACCCACUCUGGAGAGCAUUUUAAAACGGAAAAAGGAAUACAUGCCUCCGAAAUUCAUGAGUGUUGCCGAAGCUGCCGAUCAGCUACUAAAGAUUGUCGAAAGGAAAAUUGAAGCUGGUGAAAGAGAUUUAGCUUUCACUGGCGACAGCCUGGCUGUGGGAUUGGCACGCGUCGGUGCCGAUGACCAGCGAAUCGUCGCCUGUUCUCUGCGCGAAAUGACAGAGAUGGAUCUCGGGCCACCGUUGCACUGCCUCGUCGUUACAGGUCCGAUUCUGCACCCAUUGGAGGCCGAUUAUCUUCUUCAGUAUGCGACAGACAAGGAAAAAUUCGAAGAAAUGACAAAACAGAAGGAAAGCCACUGAUGUGAAUUUCAAUAAUGAAAAUGAAACCACGCUGGAUAUUGCUGAUGACAUGGAAACUAUGUGUAAUACAGUUUUUGUAAAAAAGAAAAAACACUUCUUAGUUUU